UACGUCACUUCCGCUCACGUUGGCCUCAGUUUGCAUCAUUCUCCGGAGCCGCACUCAGGAACAUACGCCAUGGUGGAACCAGUUCCUGAGACCAUCAACUUUCCCUCUCAAGAGGAAAGGGUCCUGCAGUUUUGGAAAGACAAGGACUGUUUCCAGGAAUGUCUCAAACAGUCCAAGAACAGGCCCAGAUACACCUUUUAUGAUGGUCCUCCAUUUGCGACGGGUCUGCCUCACUAUGGACACAUUUUGGCUGGAACCAUCAAAGACAUUGUGACCAGAUUUGCUCACCAGAGCGGCUUCCACGUAGACCGCCGCUUUGGCUGGGAUUGUCAUGGCCUGCCAGUGGAGUAUGAGAUUGACAAGACUCUGGGGAUCAAGGGUCCUGAGGAUGUGGCCAAAAUGGGGAUUGCUGAGUACAACAAACAGUGCAGGAACAUUGUCAUGAGAUACUCCAAUGAAUGGGAGAUCUCAGUGAGACGAAUGGGAAGAUGGAUUGACUUCAAGAAUGACUAUAAGACCCUUUAUCCCUGGUUCAUGGAGACAGUUUGGUGGGUGUUUAAGCAGCUGUAUGACAAGGGUCUGGUUUAUCGAGGUGUCAAAGUCAUGCCCUUCUCCACGGCCUGCAACACUCCUCUGUCCAACUUCGAGGCCCAUCAGAACUAUAAGGAUGUGCAGGACCCUUCUGUGAUUGUGAACUUCCCUCUUCUGGAGAAUGAGGAUGUUUCUCUGAUCGCCUGGACCACCACUCCAUGGACCCUCCCCAGUAACUUGGCUCUCUGUGUCAACCCGGAGUUCCUGUAUGUCAAAGUCAAAGAUAACGCCACUGACAGGACCUACAUCAUGAUGGAGGCCAGGCUCAGUGCUCUGUUUAAGGCAGAGAGCGAAUACACUGUCCUCGACAAAUUUCCGGGCAAAGUUUUGAAAGGGAAGAAAUACAAGCCCUUGUUCCCGUAUUUUGCCAAGUGUGGCGAUAAAGGAGCGUUCCAAGUUGUGCUGGAUAAUUACGUCAAGGAGGAAGAGGGUACAGGAGUGGUCCAUCAGGCCCCGUACUUUGGAGCUGACGAUUUCCGUGUUUGUACCGACUACAACAUCAUCCAGAAGGACCAGGCUCCGAUCUGCCCUGUGGACGCCUCGGGCUGCUUCACUCCAGAGGUCACAGACUUCGCUGGACAAUAUGUCAAAGAUGCUGACAAAAAUAUCAUCAAGUGGUUGAAGGAGCACGGGCGUCUCGUCAAUGCCAGCACGUUCAAACACAGUUACCCAUUCUGCUGGAGGUCAGACACACCUCUCAUCUACAAAGCUGUGCCUAGCUGGUUUGUGCGAGUGGAGAACAUGGUGGACAAACUGUUGGACAACAACGGGAAAUGCUAUUGGGUCCCAGAGUUUGUGCGAGAGAAGCGUUUUGGAAACUGGCUGCGAGAUGCUCGAGACUGGGCCGUGUCCAGGAACCGAUACUGGGGCACUCCCAUCCCCCUGUGGGUCAGCGAUGACUACGAGGAGGUGGUGUGUAUUGGUUCCAUGGCUGAACUGGAGGAGCUGACAGGAGUCAAAGUCACUGAUCUGCACAGGGAGAGUAUUGACAGUCUGACAAUCCCGUCCCGCUGUGGUAAAGGCGUGCUGCGCAGAGUCACCGAGGUCUUUGACUGUUGGUUUGAGUCUGGGAGCAUGCCUUAUGCCCAGGUGCACUAUCCCUUUGAGAACAGAAAGGAGUUUGAAGAUACUUUCCCCGCAGACUUCAUCGCCGAGGGCAUCGACCAAACCAGAGGAUGGUUUUACACCCUCCUGGUCCUUUCCACUGCUUUGUUCGGCAAACCUCCCUUUAAGAACGUCAUUGUCAAUGGUCUGGUCUUGGCCAGUGAUGGACAGAAGAUGAGUAAACGCAAGAAAAACUACCCCGAUCCCGGUCUUAUCGUGCAGAAUUAUGGUGCCGAUGCCCUCAGACUGUACCUGAUCAACUCUCCAGUGGUUAGAGCAGAGAACCUGCGUUUCAAAGAGGAGGGGGUCCGGGACGUCCUAAAGGAUGUGUUUCUGCCCUGGUACAACGCCUACCGCUUCCUGGUGCAGAACGUUCAGAGGCUGGAGAAAGAGGAGAAUCUCCAGUUUCUCUAUAAUGAAAACACGGCCAAACAAAGUGACAACAUCAUGGACAAAUGGAUCCAGUCUUUCACACAGUCCCUCAUCCAGUUCUUCAAAGCUGAGAUGGACGCUUAUCGUCUCUAUACUGUGGUUCCUCGCCUGGUGAAGUUUGUGGACAUGCUCACAAACUGGUACGUCAGGACCAACCGUCGCCGUCUGAAGGGCGAGAGUGGUUCGGAGGAGUGUGUGUGGGCGUUGGAAACCCUCUUCAGCGUGCUCUUCUCCAUGUGCCGCCUCAUGGCUCCCUUCACGCCCUUCAUAACUGAGAUGAUGUACCAAAACCUGAGGCACCUCAUUGACCCGGCCUCUGUGGAGGACAAGGACGCCAGCAGCAUCCACUACCUUAUGCUGCCUCAAGUGCGGGAGAGUGUGAUCGACAAACGCAUUGAGAGUGCAGUGUCUCAGAUGCAGUCGGUGAUUGAACUGGGCCGAGUCAUCAGAGACAGAAAAACCCUCCCAGUGAAGUAUCCACUGAAGGAGGUGGUCGUCAUUCACCAGGACCCAGAGGCAUUGAAGGACAUACAGUCUCUUCAGAAAUAUAUCCUGGAGGAGUUGAAUGUUCGUCAGCUGACCCUCUCCACGGAUAAGGACCGGUACGGGAUCAGUCUGAGGGCGGAGCCUGAUCACAUGGUUCUGGGGAAGAGGUUAAAGGGCGCGUUCAAAUCUGUCACCGCCUCCAUCAAGAGCCUGAGCAACGAGCAGCUCGAGGCCUUCCAGAAAACGGGCUCCAUAGUGGUGGAUGGACACGAGCUACAUGAGGAGGACCUGAGGCUGAUGUACACCUUUGAUCAGAGUUCUGGUUCAGCCUCUGCUCAGUAUGAGGCCCACUCCGACGCACAGGUGCUGGUUUUGCUGGACGUGACCCCGGACCAGUCGAUGGUGGAUGAGGGAGUGGCUCGUGAGGUCAUCAAUCGCAUUCAGAAACUACGCAAGAAGGCCCACUUGGUUCCCUCUGAUGAAAUUACAGUGUACUACCAGUGCCAGCCAAAGGGGGACUACUUAGACUCUGUGAUCCAGGCCCAUAAUGACUUCAUCCUGGCCACCACCAAAGCACCAAUGUUGCCGUUCCCUGUGCCCAAGACCAGCAGUGUCAUCAUUGAGGAGAAGACCCAGCUUAAAGGGUCAGAUUUGGAGUUCACCAUCGUCAAAGGGUCCUCAACUCCUAAGAUUUCUCUAAAUGGACCAGCGUGUGCCUAUGUCAAUCUCAAAGUCAAAGUCAACAACAAGGACCAAGAGGGCGUAGUGUUGUUGGAGAACCCUCAAGGUGAUAACAGACUGAACCUGGACAAACUGAAGCAGGUCUGCAGCAGCAUCUUUGGGACCAACACCAACAUCAGAUUCUACAACGGUGCCACAGAGCUUACGCCCAAAACAGACCUACUGAGUGUGAGUGGUAAAACUUUAGUGGCCACCUCCGCCUCCUCCUCUCCUGGAUCUGUGUCCAGCAACUCCCCCCUCUGUCCUUAUGUCAACCUCAUUCUCUGCAACGCCCAGCCAACAGAGUGUCAGACAGGGGAGGUGGGCACCCUGCUGCUGCUGAACCCGGUUGGUAAAAAUGAACUGAAUUAUACACGCCUACACUCAGAGGUGGCCAAAGUGUUCGGGCUCCGUAGCCGAAGACUCAAGCUUUAUCUGGACCAGGACUUCAACCAGGAAUUGCCAAAGGAUUCUUCUCUAAAAUCUUUGGACACCAAGACCCUAUUUGUGAGGGUUCUUCCCACCACGGCCGAGGCGUAAAACCAUCCAACCAUGAAACCAUUGAAAUAACUUCACAUCAACUCAGUAAUGUUACUUUAAAAACAAACUGGAUUCUUUCAUUUACAUUCUGAUUCUGUUACUCAUAAAAGUAUGAAUAAAUGCUGGGACAACAUAGAAGUCUAUUACAAUAUUAAGUUGUACUGUCACAAUGAUUUCUUCACUGUAACUUUUCUGGGGUAGGGUCUGCUAUCCGCUUCUCUCUGUUUGUGCCUUGUGUGGACUGUUCCGCUGUAAGGCAUUAAAAUGAUCCAUUUUGCAUUAAUUGAAUCACAUUUAUUGCUUAAUAACACCUUGAAAAUAUCGAUACUUAAUGUGAGCUGAGCCACCUCUCCACAGAUUUUACCUGUAACUUGACCUGGUAGCAUCACCUCCUUGUCUCCAUGGAGAUUUAUGUUUAAUUCCUUACCAUGGAGACGAGAAGAUAGCAGACUGUCCACCAGUAAAGUUACAUAGUGCACUUUUUUGCAUUUAUAGUGGACAUGUAUUGUUAACCCUCUUAGUUUUGUGGUUAACAAAAAUGUCUGAAAUGGUUGGUGUCUAAGAUUAUAUUUAUUCAGUAGGGUAGGAUUCAAUAUUUUUUAAUUUUGGCAAUGGCACUAAGCAUCAAAUGUCAUAAUUAAUGAACAAGCGUUUGUGGUUAGUUUUUAAACAGAGAAAUAUUGACCUCUUUCUGUACUUUUUUCUUUCGCACUCAACAAUCAGGAAAUACUGUGGUUUUCAAGCUGAUUUGUUUAAUUUCGUCCUGUUAUUCACUGUCAGACAAUAAUUGUGUGUAUUUACCAGGAUAAAACAUGAAGUGAAUUCUAAUCUAGAAAGACACAUUUAGAAAGUUAUGAAGAAAAUAAAUGGCUUUUAAGUGUCAAAAAAUUAACAUGAGUAGCUAAACAACAAUAAAAAAAAUCUCACAUUUAUUUGCAUUGUCUAAGGGAAAUAUGCUUCAGUUUUGCAGCUCAGUGGACGCUUGCUACAAAUUUUCGCCAUGGAACUUGAAGCGGCACAGCUGACAAGCAACAAAUAUGGUUGGUCUAAAGUGGCCUAGUUUCUAAUAAAAUCCUUUGACUGCAAA